GUUCAAACAUUCCAACGCACGUUCGACGCAGACCUGGCACGAGACGAUUACUCCUUUUCUCAUUACUCAACUUCCGGAGGUGCCGCUGCAUCAUCGAGACUGGCAUCGACUGGCACGAGAAAAGAAGAAAAAAGAAACGCCAUUGAGAGAGUAAACGCGUGGCCGUUAACGUUGACAUGUCCAUUCUAGACGAGCGCGACGAGUACCUAAAGAACCCGUACUUCAAGGAGCACGAGUACGGCGACUUCACACCGUUCUAUGUCGCGGUCGCCCUCUGCGCCGUCCUGGGUGGAUUUCUGUUCAUCCUGAACAUUGUAUUCUGCUGGUGCUCGCGACACAGAGAAUACUGGCAAAAUCGCCACACUGGCAAUAGGUGGAUCCAGCCUCUAUGGACUGUAUUGCCGCACAAAACACCGCCGCUUGACCUUAGCGAGUUAGAGUCUGGUCGUAUCAAGUACCCGCAAGUGAGGCACGAAAUUGUCCAGUAUCACGACUCGCAGAGUACCACGCCUCAGCCGCCGGAGUACAUGGAGAUGCAGAAGCGUGAGAGUGAAAUCUAAAGUAGUCAGCAGCAUACCAAGUAACACCAAACAGUGUUGGAAAGCAUUAGUAGUAAGGUCACCCACACUUAAGGAUACAUUCAAAGUCAAAAGCUUAAUUGAGCCCAAUAGAGUCUAAUUAGCCCUUUGCACUGUGCAGCUAAUUGCAUUGUGAAGCCUCUAACUUGGCUAUCAUUCGCUGAACUUACUGCCAAUUGUCAUCGUAAGCACAUUGCUCUGGUUGUAUAUUAAGAAUAACUCAUAUUUUUUUUUUUACGUAAUAGUUUUUACAUCAAAGGAACGAGACACCAUACUGACAGAGUCAGUUGUUUCAAUAGUUGCACUCGGCUAGUUGGAAACAGUCAAUAAUUUCGGCUAGUGUAGAUAAUCCUUUACUAUGGGUUUGCACGUUUUCUGGCCUGCCACGGCCUGCCUGACUCUUUUCGUAGUUUGCAUCAUAAUCGUGAUGCUAAGAUACGGUGCACGUCUCUGCAAAUUACGACACGAGCCACUACCAUCUGAUCAGGAAUGGGAGAGUAAAGCAUAUUCCAGGAAACUGUCAGUUUCCAUGGCAUGAGAACAGAUAGUAUUGUCCCAAAAAUGUUAUACGAAAAAAA